AAUUCAGUCCCACAUCAAGUCGUACAAUUAAUAUCAUAUAUAUACACCCCACAAGUUAUCUAUAUACAUAGUUAUAUGAAUCACUACUAAUAUAUCACCUCAAACUUUCUUCCAAGUAUUCAAAAAUGGAACAAGAACAACUCUACACAGCUCUGAUCGGCUUGGUCAUUGUCGUUUCAAUAUACACACUGUUCAUCAAAACACCAAAACGACAAUACAAAAACCUUCCACCAAGCCCACCUUAUCCUCUCCCACUCAUAGGCCAUCUCCAUCUAAUAAAGCCACCUGUCCACAGAUGCUUCCACCACCUGGCAACCAAAUACGGCGCCGUUUUCACCCUUUGGUUCGGUUCAAACCGAGUUGUGGUAAUAUCAUCACGCUCCGCAGUCGAAGAAUGCUUCACCAAAAAUGACAUCGUUUUAGCCAACCGCUCACGCACAAUUGGCGGAAAACACAUCGGUUAUAACUACACCACAAUGGCAUCUUCCUCUUAUGGGCCCCACUGGCGCAACUUGCGAAAAAUCGGCUCAAUCGAGGUCUUCUCAGCUAGCCGGCUCAAAUCACACUUGGACACGCGUACGGACGAAAUUAAAAGCAUGCUGAUCAAACUUUCACAGAACUCACUUCACUAUGAAUCAUCAUCGAAAAAUAAUAAAGUGGAAAUGAAAAGCGUGUUUUCGGAUCUGGCUUUCAACAUCAUAAUGAGAAUGGUGGCCGGAAAACGGUAUUGCGGGGAUGACAUCAGCAAAGAAGACGAAGAGGCUUCGCGGUUUAGGAAAAUUAAGGAUGAGAUUAUCUCCGGAGGCGGAGUGGCGAAUUUGGCGGAGUUUUUACCUGAUGGGUUGAAAUGGUUGGGAUUUGGUUAUGAGAUGAAGUUGAAAAAUGCUGCUAAGAGAUUGGAUGAUUUCUUGCAAGGGCUUAUUGAUGAGCGUAGGAGUAUGAAGGAAGACAUUACCAUGAUUGAUCAUAUGCUUGCUUUGCAAAUUUCUGAUCAUCAAUAUUACACUGAUCAAAUUAUCAAAGCCUUUAUUGUGUCACUAUUGUUAGGUGGAACUGAUACAACAUCUGUAACAUUAGAAUGGGUACUUUCUAAUUUACUCAACCAUCCUCAUAUUCUGGAAAAAGCUAAAGCCGAAAUUAAUGAACAAAUUGGUGAACAUAAAUUGAUCGAAGAACAAGAUCUUUCCAAAUUACCAUACCUACAAUGUAUUAUCUUCGAGACUUUACGUUUGUUCCCACCAGCUCCAUUGUUACUUCCUCACUAUUCCUCCGAAGAUUGUAUAGUUCAGGGAUAUGACAUUCCACGUGACACAAUUGUAUUAGUUAAUAUAUGGGCUAUACACAGAGAUCCUGAGUUAUGGGAAGAUCCCGAGAGCUUUAAGCCAGAGAGAUUUGAGAACGAGAACAACAUGAACUUGCUUAUGCCAUUCGGGUUAGGAAGAAGAUCUUGUCCAGGAAAUGGUAUGGCCCAACGCGUAAUUGGAUUGACAUUAGGGUCUUUGAUUCAAUGUUUUGAGUUGCAAAAAGUGAGUGAAGAAGAAGUGGAUAUGACAGAAGGAAAUAGUAUGACUAUGCCUAAAGCUGUGCCUUUACAAGUUAUUUGCAAAUCACGUCCUAUUAUGAACUCAAUUCUCUCUAAAUGAUUUUAUGGGAUAACAAUUUAAUAUAUACUAUGAUAAUGUUUUACUAAUUAUUUGUGUGGUUAUACAACAUUUUGUAUUGUAUAAAUUAUUAUUUGUUUAGACUCUAUUUUAUAAUUUUCCUAUGUUAGUUGUUGUUUAUCUUUUAUAAUUUUUUUUUUCUUUUCAUGAAUGAUUCGAACUUUUUUUAGAAGAAGUAUAUUAAUUAUUUAUUUUGGAGUACUA